AUGACAUUGUGUUCUGAUAACAAGCGUCGACAGCCGCCGGCGAGAAGAAAAAUUGCAAAAAAAAUUUCUUCAGAUUGCAAAAUAUUAGAAAUUAAGAGGUCAAAGUUUGCUAAAGAUGUCUCAAACCCAAUUUUAAGGUAUGAUUUCUGCGGCAUGUCCCGUCGACAACGGAUCAUUCAGCGAAACAGAACGGAGAGGCUCAGUGAAUUGCUUGACUGGAAUAGUCUCGGUGUAUUCUACAGGGAUUGUCGUCGAAUGGCUCUUGAGAAGCUGCACCCCGAUGUGGAGAACAUAAUACGCCAAAAUGAAGGAAAGGUCCCCUCCGCAGCCACCAGUAGACGACCCAGCAUUCAUAGCAGUGAGGACGAGGACGAAGAGUGA